AUGCAGAGAGUAGCGUACUCGUUCCCUGAGGAAGUACUCGAGCACGUUUUUUCGUUCAUUGAAUCGGACACAGACAGAGGCUCGAUCUCGCUGGUAUGCAAAUCGUGGUACGAGAUUGAGCGGUGGUGCAGACGGCGGAUCUUCGUCGGAAACUGUUACGCGGUGAGUCCAGCCAUGGUGAUAAAACGGUUUCCGAAAGUGAGAUCUAUCAAACUGAAAGGGAAGCCGCACUUUGCGGACUUCAAUUUGAUACCGGAAGGUUGGGGUGCUUUUGUCUGUCCUUGGAUCAAAGCUAUGGCUGCUGCGUAUCCGUGUUUGCAAGAGAUUAGGCUAAAGAGAAUGGUUAUCACUGAUGAUUCUUUGGACCUUAUUGCUAAAUCGUUUAAGAAUUUUACGGUUUUGGUGCUUACUUCUUGUGAAGGUUUCACUACGGAUGGACUUGCUGCCAUUGCUGCCAAUUGCAGGAAUUUGAGGGAGUUGGACUUGCGGGAGAGUGAAGUGGAGGACAUUAGUGGUCAUUGGCUAAGCCAUUUUCCUGAUUCCUACACAUCAUUGGUUUCACUAAACAUCUCUUGCUUGGCAAACGAGGUGAAUUUUCCUGCACUAGAGCGCCUGGUUAGUAGGUGUACUAACUUGCAGACACUCUGCCUCAAUCGUGCAGCGCCACUUGAUAAGCUUGCCAACCUCCUUAGGGGGGCUCCACAGAUUGCGGAGUUAGGCACCGGUGCCUACACUUCUGAGAUGCGGCCUGAGGUCCUUUCAAAUCUGGCCGCAGCAUUUUCUGGGUGCAUGCAAAUGAAGGGCUUGUCUGGAUUUUGGGAUGUGCUUCCAUCCUACCUACCUGCCGUUUUUACUGUAUGCUCCAGACUCACAUCACUGAACUUAAGUUAUGCUACGAUCCAAGGCCCGGAUCUUAUCAAGCUUGUUGGUGAAUGUGAGAGUUUGCAGCGAUUAUGGGUGUUGGAUUACAUAGAAGACGUCGGCCUUGACAUGCUUGCGGCAACGUGCAAGGAUCUGAGGGAGUUAAGGGUGUUUCCAUCUAAUCCAUUUGGGGUCCGUGCAAAUACAGCGUUGACAGAGCAGGGCCUUGUUUCUGUGUCUGAAGGUUGCCCCAAGCUCCAUUCAGUUCUAUAUUUUUGUCGUCAAAUGACCAAUGCUGCCCUAACUGCAAUUGCUCGGAACAGGCCUAAUUUGACUCGUUUUAGAUUAUGUAUUAUUGAGCCUCGCACUCCUGACUAUCUUACCCGUCAACCUCUGGAUGUUGGAUUUGGAGCUAUUGUUGAGCAAUGUAAGAGUCUUCGGCGCCUUUCCCUCUCAGGGCUUCUCACUGACCGUGUUUUUGAGUAUAUUGGGACUUAUGGGAAGAAGCUUGAGAUGCUUUCUGUGGCUUUUGCUGGAGAAAGUGAUUUGGGACUCCAUCAUGUGCUCUCCGGGUGUGACAACCUUAGGAAGUUGGAGAUCAGGGACUGCCCCUUUGGUGACAAACCUCUUUUAGCCAAUGCUGCAAAAUUGGAGACAAUGCGAUCCCUUUGGAUGUCCUCUUGCCAUGUGAGUUAUGGAGCAUGUAAACUGUUGGGUCUGAAGUUUCCGAGACUCAAUGUUGAAAUCAUGGAAGAUAGAGGAACUCCAGAUUCAUGGCCAGAUAAUAGUCUCGUUGAGAAGCUUUACAUAUACAGGACAAUUUCUGGCCCUAGAUUGGACAUGCCUGGUUAUGUAUGGAGAAUGGAAGAUGAUUCUGCAUAA